AUGGAAAUAACAUUAGUAUUCAACUUAUUCAGUGUGGGGUUGCUUAAACAGAAUACUGAGGGUAGAUAUAACUGAGCCAAAAAUACAGACUCGUUAGAAUAAUGUAAAUGAGCAUUUACAGCCUUCUGCUGUAGGCAACAUCCCUGUAGAGUUGCUAUCACAACAGCUGGUGGCAGGUGUGGGUCAUCAUUCCCUACUGGGUUGUGUCAUUCUUUAUUGUGGUAGGACUAGCACAUUAUAGUAUGUGGCAUUAUUAGCACAUCUCUCACUCAAGAGGUGAGUGUCAACCAUGACGACUCAUCUCAGCAGGUGUGUCUUCCAGAAUAUUAUGGUGUAGUCGCUCACAGGGGCGUGUAUGACCUUGCUGUUUUGACAGUUCUAUUUGAGACUGUGUCCUGUGAUGGACCCUGGAGUUGGAAGGGCUUUCUGGGUUAGCUGCAAAAAGUUAAGGGCAUUCCAAUUCCUCAAUGCUGAGGCCUAGUUCGUAAGUAGUGCGUAGAUGGGCAACGGAGGCUUAUAGAGUAGUUUGUAUUUCUUAUGAACUCUUAUGAGCUGUUUAUUGCAUCAUUUUAGUUCAUACUGAUAUCACAGCUACUGUGGAUUCUGCUCUGAGGUUUAUUGAAAUAUUUGAAAAUGUAAUCUGUUAUUUAAUUUGAUGUCCGAACAGCAAGCGUACCAACAUUACAUCACAUAGCAUUUCAUGCAUGACCUACUGCCCUGCUCUUUGCCCUUUCUGUUGUUUCACUUCUUUUAUGUUACUGCUUACGAUCACUAAUCAUUUAAUUAUGAAUAAUUGUGAUUGAAUAAACAUAUCAGCUCCAGUGAAACUUACGAGACACUUAACGUGCAUUUCUAGCGCUAUUCAGAAUCAACAUGUUCACUGUUCCACCUAAAAACAAAGCAUUUUACAAGUGGCAUUACUAAUAGUAUAACAAAGUAAUUUGUUACUUGAUGUGAAAUGCAUCACGUUCUUUUCUCCCUCAUCAACUUUUGAUGGACAUUGUCUUUACUUUAGAAAUGUGUUGACCCUGUGUUAUUUUCAGUGUGUGUGAAUUUGUGACCAUUAACCUAAUAUGCUGUUUAUUCUGUUGUCCUGCAUGCUUGCCAGUGGAUUAUCAAGGUGGGAAUGGCUAUAUAAUUUCACCAUGCUCUUCUGUAAAUAGUCGAUCAGUUCUUGCCAGUAAUGCCCUAGGUUACCAGCAUAAGAAUAAGAAGCCCUUAUCUGCUGCCAAAGCCUGCAUACCCCAAAUCCUCCCCUCUAAGUUCAAACCUAAGCUGAUACCCCCUAGUGUUGACAGCCAGGACAGGAGGACUGCGCCUGCCAGGCACCCAAAGGCACACAGCUGUGAGGAUAUAUACACAGGGAGCACAGGCGCAGAGGCCCAGGAGAGUGGACUAAACUCAAACACACACAAAAACUCUAAUGGUCUCCCCCUUGACUCUGAGGCUGGUUUAAAUAAUGGCAGCCCUGCGACUAGAAGGAGCACAUCUGAGUUCUCCACUCUGUAUCGGAACAUGCACAGCAUCCAGAGGCCUUCCUGCUCAGUGGGCUCCAGCCCCCACGGAAGUGUCCGUAGCCUGACCUCCCUGUUCGAGAAGGUGGGGGUCAAUGGAACUGAUGGGGAGGGGGAUGAGGCAGGGGAGAACAUUCCCGGGCGGGACGCCGUGUCGUCCCGAGUGUCAGAGUUUGAGCUGAUCAUCCAGCACUCCAGCCCGUCUCCCACACGCUCCUCCUCCAUGCCAACACUACCCACCAGCCAGAGCCUCACCCACAACCCCGCCGACCUCUUCAUGGCGUCCGCUGUCUCGGCUGAGUCGCUGCUGGUCACUGUCCCAGGGCACACUGGGCAAACAGAAGGCUGCCCUCUCGAGGACACGGACGGCAAGGCAGCCCGAGUGAAGGCGUUUCUGUCAGGCAGCGAGAUGGUGGGAUCCUCUGAGUACAGUGACACACUGAGAGCCGAGUCCCUCUCUGGUACUGAGUCAGAGACAGAGAAGCACGGCCCCACAGAGAAAGCCCCAGUACCAACAGAGAAAGCCCCAAAGGUCACUAUCUUCAGAACCUCAAACAGUCCCCCAGCACCAGUCACCCCGUCCGCUUCCCCACACAACCACCACCACCAUAAACCCAGCAGCAAGUGCAAAGGCUCCUGCCCAGCUUCUUAUACCCGCUUCACCACUAUCCGGCGGCAUGAGAGGCAGCAGCAGGCCACGGCCCAGCAGGACAAACUUUCUACCCAGGAGAAAAUAAAGAACUCCUCCUCUCUCCCCUCGAACCUCUUCCUCAUGGGCCCUGCACCGUUCAGGGUGAAGAGGCCUCUCCGGUCUCACCAGGCCAAAAAGACUCUCUCAGCCACUAAGGUGAUGGCAGGUCAAACGUCACAGACACAUUUCUAUGAUCACGGGCCCGUCAUUCCACCGCGCCUCUCUUCCUUGGAGGUGCUGGAGAAGCUGGGCAACGGGGAAGGUGCACCGUCCGACAGUGACAACAACCCGACUAAUAGGGGAGUCUUGGACGCCAAUGGGAAUCUUCUGCAGCCGCUAGCAGCUCACCGCAGAGAUUCAGACUCCUUGACCCAAGGAGACCUUGGUGACGGCCUAGAUGAGGUGGUCAGGAGACGCCAUGGAGAUAAAGAGAAAAUCUUGGAAGAGCAACGGCGGCUGAAGAGGGAGCAGGAGGAGGCUGACACAGCAUCGAGGCGACACACGGGAAUUGUUCCCACCCACCAUCAGUUCAUCACUAACGAACGUUUCGGAGACCUGCUCAACAUCAACAUCAACGACGCAGACAAGAGGAAAUCCGGAUCAGAGAGAACUCCAGCCCUGGCUCGGUUUGACUUCAGAGCGGAGACUCUAAAGGAGUUACCAUUUCAAAAGGGAGACAUUGUGUACAUCAUUCGACAGGUGGAUAAUAAUUGGUUUGAAGGGGAGCAUCACGGCAGAGUCGGCAUCUUCCCACGGAGUUAUGUUGAGCUCCUUCCCCCCACGGAGAAGGCCCAGCCAAAGAAGAGUGCCCCCGUGCAGGUGCUGGAGUAUGGAGAGGCCAUUGCACGCUUCAACUUUACAGGGGACACGGUGGUGGAGAUGUCUUUCAGAAAGGGAGAGAGGAUCAUCCUGAUUCGCAGGGUCGAUGAGAACUGGUACGAGGGCAAAGUCUCUGGCACCAAUCGUCAGGGUAUAUUCCCAGUCACCUACAUAGAGGUGCACAAACGACCCAGAGUAAAGAAUGGAUUGGAUUACCCAGACCCCCCCAUUGGCCAAUCACCUCACCGCAGCCUCAAUGCUUCCCCUCAGCUGAACCGUGUCCGUAACAACCGGCUCACCACAUCCCCCCUGCCCCUCCCCCGCCGCUCUGUGUCCCCCGAGGUCCAUGCCAUCUCCUCUGAGUGGAUCUCCCUGACCAUAGGGGGUGCCAGCCCCCCCACUGCCCCCACCCCUCCUCUACCCCCGCUCCCCUCCGUGUCUUACCGCUGGGGCGAGUACCUGCCCCCCUCCAAGUCUGCCAGCCCCGUGCCCCCCAUCUACGGCAGCCCCUAUUGCAUCUCUCCCAUGGCCUCCCCCUCCGCCUCCCCCCUGCCCCCGCCCUACCCGCCCCGCCCUGGCUCGGCCACCCCUUACCUCACCUUCACCCCGCCCCAGGGGGAGGACUUCCUGCUCUCCCCUCCCUCUCCUCGUCUGUCCCGCAGCCUGAGCCCCUGUGGAGGGGCGGGCCUGGAGAGCUGGUUGACAGGGGCCAGCCCCUUGAGCAUCCUGGAGAGGGAGUUGAUGGAGGGGGAGGGGACAGAGGGAGACAGGGGCACUGGCCGCGAAGCCCUGGGCAGCUGGCGAAAUAGCCCUGCAGAGCUGGUGAAGAAUGAUAGCGACUACCAUGGAAGAACCUCCAGAAGCCCUGUCAUGUUGUUUGACAUCCAGGCCAACAACAUGAAUGCUAACUCAUUCACGGAGGCGGUGUGUAAUGAGAUCAUGAAUAUAGCCGAGACCUCGGUGAGGUACUGCAGCACCCUCUCCCCCCACCCCAAUGACUCUGUCCUCCACAGACUCCACCCCAGUAAACAAUCUCUCAUCAUUUCCCAGCAACCCCAGUCCCACAGUAGCAGCCCGGAGCCAAGCCGUCUCAGCUGUGGAAUUUUCCAGGCUUUGUACAGUUACGUGCCACAGAAUGAAGAUGAGCUGGAGCUGCAGGAGGGAGAUCUUGUCAGUGUCAUGGAGAAGUGCGAUGAUGGCUGGUUUGUUGGUACCUCGAAGAGGACAAAACAGUUUGGCACGUUUCCAGGAAAUUACGUAAAAGAGGUCAACUUAUAACCUGUCAACAAACAUUUAUAGUGUGAGGAGAACCUAGCUCUAACCCUUGGUUGCCUGUUGAGUGUUGGGAAAUAAUUACUAUUACUAUUGACUGUUUAAAUUAGGACAGUCAUUUAGUCAAGUGAAUACGUUUGUCUAAUGUAAGUGAUCAGUUUGGUCUGAGGUAUGUUAGUGUGCAUGAGUUGACGAUAGGAGAAAGCUAGCUGUUGACACUCUGCCCAAUCAUCAGCGUGGUGUACACAUACCCUAACCACGUCCUGCACAGUACAUGGCUGAAUUUAUCAUAUGAUAUUCUGACAAUGGAAUUUUUUGUAAAACAAUUCAAUGUCACACACUGCGGUAUACACUGAGUGUACAAAACAUUAGGAACACUUUCCUAAUAUUGACUUGCACCCCCUUUUACCCUCAAAACAGCCUCAAUUCAUCGGGGCAUGGACUUAAGGUGUCAAAAGCGUUCCACAGGAAUGCUGGCCCAUGUUGACUCCAAUGCUUCCCACAAUUGUGUCAAGUUGGCUGGAUGUCUAUUGGGUGUUGGACUAUUCUUGAUACACAAGGGAAAGUAUUGAGCGUGAAAAACCCACCAUUGUUGCAGUUCUUGACACACCGGUGCGACUGUCACCUACUACCAUACCCCGUUCAAAGGCACUUCAAUCUUUUGUCUUGCCCAUUCCCCCUCUGAAUAGCACACAUACACAAUCCAUAUCUCAACUGUUUCGUGGCUUAAAAAUCUUUCUUUAACCUGUCUCAUCCCCUUCAUCUACACUGAUUUAAAGUGGAUUCAACAAAUGACAUAAGGGAUCAUAGGUUUUCCCUGGAUUCACCUGGUCAGUCUGUCAUGGAAAGAGCAGGUUUUCCUAAUGUUUUGUACACUCGGUGUAUAUUCUUAUACAGUGGGUAUAGUACUUGCGGUGUGUUCUUGUUAUUUGUUAACUACUAUACGAAGUAUUUUUGAAGCACAUGAAUGUCUAUCUAUAUGAGGGGGCAGUAGCAGAGCAGUUUAUGGAUCAAGAGAGCGGUUCUUAUAACCUCCAUGAUGGAUCAGGAGGGCUCAAAUGUGUAGUUGAUGCACUAAGAGAGAUGGGAGCUGUUAUUCAUCAGCUACCUUUCAGGACCUAUGUUGGGAAAAGUAUUUUUAUUUAACUUUGAAUGCAGAUAUAUUUGAAGGUUGACAUGACUUGCUAAGCCGUCUAGAAGACAUUUUUUCCCCCUAGUAUAACCCAGUAACCAGUAGUGUUUGGUUGGACAUACCAUGAAUGUACCAGCCUGUAUGUGAUGGGACAUACUUGGACAGUGUCCAACAGACCAUAUUCCUUGGUUUAAAUUAAAAAAAAACAUUGACCUGACAGCGAACUUAAAGAAACAAAUUUAUAGGCCUGCUAUAUUGUGUAUCAUCGUGGAAUGGCUUGAUUUUGUUAGCUCAGAAUGCACUAAAAGUUAGAAAGCUAUGUUUGUGACAAUGUAGUCUUGUAGUCUUUAUACAAAUAGCAGAACACUCUUACCUCAAUGUAGUCCAAAAGCUUCCAAUGCCAUUUUAGUAUUGCCUCUGGUAUCUAUUCAAGGUCUGUACUAUAAUUCGAGCACGUUCAUCUGCAUGAUAGAAAUCCCAAUGAUCAAACAUAUUAGCUAAGCUUUCUGUCAGAUGAAGUAAUGAAUGCAAUCAGGAAGACUGGCAGUGCUAUGUAUGUACCUGAUGAAGAUAGCUCGUGUGUGUAUGAGCUAAUGAGUGAGUGAGUGUGAUCUUCUGUGAUUCCUGUGAGGUAGCUGGUGGCAGACAGCUGCCUAAACUAAACUGGCUCCAGUGGAACCACAGGACAGGCGUGGUAUGCCACCUUUUUUUUAAGCACUUAACUGUAUCAAUAGCUAGGUUUCCAUCCAAUUGGCGAUAGAUUUGAAUGUGAAUAUUCGACAAUCCGCAUAAAAACAGUAUGCACAUUUUCCCACCAGAGAUGUGUUUGAAUCAAAUUGACUUGUUGUGGAGAAAAGGCUCUGCGUGAUGACGUAGCGCACAUAAAUAUAAUUUUUGCGCUUAAAUUCCCAUGCCCCAAAAAGUGAAAUGUGUUUCCAUCGCAUUUUCAACGCUACUGAUGGUUUUGUCACAAGAAUGUUGUGUUAUAUAGAGAAUAUGCCCACUCUGGUCUUGGCACGUGCGCUUUUAGCCAACAGUUUGCAGAUACAGUGCGAGUAGGCUAGCCUACAUGAUGUGAUUAUUUUAAUUGUCAAACAGCAGCCAAGCAUCAAUUAUCAUGUCACUAGAAUAUUUAUUGGAAUGGAGCAUUAAGCUCAUCUCCAUGCACUUUCACCACCCUGUAAAGUUCAUCAUAACUUAUUUAAUCUAUAGCCUAAUAAACUGCAUGCUUUCCAGAGUUGUAGUGGGACAACCACACAACAUGUCACAUGACUCCCAAGUUAACUUCGAUAUGAUAUUAUAUCAAUAUUUUCUUAUUAAAGGUUACCACCGGCAUUUCUCGCAUUAUUAAUUUGACUGACAAAAAAAAUAAACAUUUGGAAAGUUUAGCGACAAAUUAUUUUUUAUUUUAUCGGACAUGUAAUUUUCUUCGCUUAAAAAGGUUAGUGCCAUCAUUAUGUUGAGGUCUAGGCACAACAAGAAAAACAUGACUAAUUAUCUUUGAGCUGGACUACUCCCUCAAGGAAGGUUGCUUUGAAUUCGGAUAUCAAAGCAUCGAAGCAUCUCCUGUGAGGAGAUAUCAAAGCAUCUUCCUGUGAGGACAGAGGUCCCCAAUUUGAAAGCUUCAUCAGAUUUGUAAACUGGUAAAAGGCAUGCACCAUGUCAGAAUACUGUAUAUUCUGAAAACUUGGUAGAUUGAAAAAAGGAUGCCUUGUGUUGUGGCAGCUCUACUUUCUUCUCUCUUAACUUGGUCAUAUCAACUUCUUCCUCUUUAUGACUAACUGCUAUGUGUUCUUCAGCGAAAUCCUAAAUGUCAUGAGUGACAGUCUAGGUUCACUAGGCAGUAUAACUUAAAUUAGAGUAUAUCAGUAAGACUAUCAACAUCUAACUAGUAGUAUUACCUUUUUUGUUUAUCUAGUUCCUGGAGUGAUACUGAUUAAGAUUAUUUAUAUGUUACAUAUCUUUAUUUUUCCACUUGAUGAAGUUAGCUACAGUAGUGCAGUGAUGAUUAGCAUUGACCAGAUUGGGACGUGGUUUGGAGUUAUUAAGUGGCUACCCCCUAUCAUGUUACCUUGUGAGAUAUUUAUUCUACAAUGAAGUACAGCUCUGCCUGUUUACUCAUUUGUCUGUUGUACUUGAAAGGAAUAGAAAGCUUAAUUCUGUCAAGCUGUUACAAUGUUUGUCAUUGACAUGAGACAAUACAACACUCAAACAUUCAACAUCGUUUAUCCCUAGCUUUUUUAUAGCCAACAGCCAACAUUGAUGAGAAUAGUCUUGUGUGACAGUUGUUUUUACCAAACCAGUUACAUUGUGCUGAGUUUGUCUCUAAAUCAUUCAUAUGACUAUCAAGAGGUAUUUUGCGGCAACAGUGAAGCAUAGAUGAGGUGUUCUACUCACAGGCAGCCGGUGGUAACUUAAUUGGGAAGGACGGGCUCUUAGUAAUGGCUGGAACGGAAUCAAUGGACCCGUAUCGAACACAUCAAACACAUGGUUCUUAUGUGUUUAAUACCAUUCCAUUUACUCCAUUCCAACCAGUAUUAUGAGCCGUCCUCCCCUCAGCAGCCUCAUGUGGUUCGACUGUAUGGCCAUCCAUGUGUUUUUGUAAGUAGUGUUUCUUACAUUUACAUUUCCCCUUGGUCUGCUGUACAUAACUGCCAUAAUUUAUGUUUCUGAAGGAUAAUCUGAGUGGUGGCUGUAUUAUGACUCAGCUGUGAGCUGUUUACCACAUAGAGAUACAGUAUAACACAAUGUGUUCUAUUUAAUGAUGUGGUUCCCCCAUGCUAGCACUUGCACUAUAGAUACUACCCUUCUCCAACACAGACAUCCGAAGUCAAAACAAAGCUUAUAAAGAUCCAGGGACAAUUUAAUAAGGAAAGGUCUGUUCCAUGUCAAACUGGCUGCUUGUUAGACUAUGGCAACAAGCAAUCACUCUUCUUGUGGAAUCGUAUGAUAGCCUUACAAGUCCGUGUAGAAUGUUGAUGUGAUAAUGUGCUCCGUGAAACAUCGCAGGAUGUAUGAAUGUAUGAUUGUGGAGUACUGUAUACACACAUUAUGUAAAAAGGAUCAGUGCUUUCAGCUUGAAUGAACAUGUAAACCAUUAAACAGCCUGGCACAAUAAGGAUUGUAAAUAUGUAUAAUAAAGAAGUAUGGAAUCCAAGUGAUGGGAAAAGUCACAUAUAGCUCUAUCAGUUGUUCCAGCUUAUUUACCUGAAUGAUUUUUUUGGGGGCAAAGCACAGAGUGAAGAGUUAUUUAGCACAGACAGUUUGAUGCAUAUGAAGUAACAUUACGCUGCCAUUUUGUGAGGAUCGUAAUGCCUUAUUUCAGAUACAAAUUGUGCCUAAUUUUCAUUUGCUUUUAUUGAUUAUUACAGAAAUGUAUCCAUAUGUCAUAUUUAAGGAUAUUACUAUUGUUUUUACCAUUAGAUUUAGUCCUUGAUGGGAGAAUACAUGUACUAAGUACCACUACUGUACCAGUACCUUGACUAAAGUGUAACACAGCUUCAAAUAAAUUAUUAAUAAUCAAGGCACUUAACCCUCAUUUGCUCCAGCGGUGCCGUACUACUAUGGUUGACCCUGUAAAACAACACAUUUCACUGCACCUAUCCGGUGUGUGACAAUACUAGAUAUAUUAUUUUCUUUAGUUUGCCAAGAUGCACAACCUGCAACAGGUUUUGUUUGUUUGCUUUUUUUUUUUGCAGUGCUGUUUCAGUGUCAAUAUUAAAAUGAAGACAACACUAUUUACUGCUGUGAUUUUGGUAUUAUGCAAUAUUUAAUAAACUAUAUAAAGCAUC